AUGGCACAAGCUUCGUCGACGGAGGCUCCAGCGCUAACUCCUCAGUUCUGUUUUGAUGAGAGGCUGCUUCGAGACUUCCUUCGUCUCUCCAGAUCGACCAUAGAUGAUUCAAUAACGCAGAACCUAAACGCCCUGGUCACUCCUGCCCAAGCAGGCUUUGACCCGUCCUCCACCGCUUCGCGGCAAACGGGCUCUCGGACCCGAAAAGCAAUAGAUCCCACCGCAUGCCAGUCCCUCAAAAACAAUGUCCUGUUCCCGUCAUGGCAGACCCGAUCUGACGUUCUCAACUACUGUGCUGGAGUCGCCACGAGUCCCGAUCCAGAUGAUCCGGACUUGAUCCUUCGACAGACUGAAUCCGCCAAGGAUCGCGAGCGAGUCGUAGAUGAACGGCUGGAUCCAUACUCGGCUCGUUUCUUUCCUCGGGAGGCCAGGACGGAGUCUCUGGCGAACCUGGUGCGCAACCAGCGCACCGUCGAGGAAAUAAUCCGGGCAAGAACGUGGGGGUUGGUGACUGAGCGAUGCAGUGACUCUUCUGCGACGUGGCAGGAAGCUUUUGAUACCUGGCGCAAGAAUCACCGACGUUGA